AUGGCUGACUUGCCUAAGGAACGCAUCCACGCAUCGCGCCCCUUUAUCGUUACGGGCAUAGGCUACUGUGGACCAUUUUAUUUCAAACCCGAAACGCGUAAGAAAGCACAUCAAAAAUGCUAUGUUAGCGUAUUCAUUUGUUUCGCCACAAAAGCCAUGUGGAUGGAACUGGUGAAAGAUCUUUCAACAGGCUCUUUUCUUGAUGCACUUAAGCGCUUUAUAGCUACUCGUGGCAUACCAAGUUGCAUUUGGUCAGACAAUGCUACAAAUUUUGUUGGCGCCAAGAACGAGCUGAAGGAUUUACGAGAGCUCUUUCUUAGUGAAAAUCAUCGCAAUCAAGUUCACGCUUACUGCCUCAAUAAUAUGAUAGAUUGGCGUUUCAUGCCUCCUCGAUCACCACAUUUCGGUGGCCUGUGGGAGGCAGCAGUAAAAAUGGCAAAAAGGCACUUCUAUUCCUUUCGUUGGUUCAUCACUUCUCGGUUUUGA